AUGGACCCCACAAGGAGUCAGUUGGACUCGGACUUUUCACCACAAGACACACCAUGUUUGAUUGUUGAAGACUCCCAACCAGAAAGUUUGGGGACAGAAGAAGAUGACCUGGAUCGUGCUCGGUUUGGACUGCUUCCUCAGCAUCUGUCAAAUCUACAGUCAAAUGUAGAAAGUCCUGUCUUGGAGUAUGUACAAGGUUGUCCAAGCAAUAAACUUUCUUUUGGUGAUAAAGAGUGCAUGGAAAUAAAUGAGCUUUCUAAAGAAAACCAUAAAGAUUCAGUGGAACCAAUGAACACACCAGGAGGGGCUGCUGCGCUUAGCCAAGUGAUUGAAAGAAUUCCAUGCCCAGCCAACACAAUCAGUAAUUUCAACUGUGAUGAAAGUAUUGAACCUGAAGAAGCUGCCAAAUGCUCCACGCAGUCACUUGAAGCUGAAGAGUUUGGAACAUCUCAACUCACAUUUGGGGCACUAGAGCUAUCACAGAGCCAGGAUAUAGAUAGCCAGCACUCAAGAACUGAUGAUGAAAGCAGCGUACCACACCCUAAACCUCAGACACUUGAAUGUAUCCAAGAAGAGCCUGAAAACGAUGGUGCUGAAACAUAUGAAAAAGAGAAGGUUACAACUCACAUGGAUGAAGACCCUAAACGAAAUCAAGAAACAGGAAUUGGUAAAAUGUCUUGUAAUGUAGAUGAGAAAAACACAUCCACUGCCUUAGAGGACCAGCUUAAAGAAUCAAGUGUAGCAGAGCCAUUAUGCUCAAAGACUGAAGACGAAGAGAUGGACGUCUCAGAUCUCGCCUCCAGUCAAGAAGAUAUGUUUGGACACACUGAUGUAUCUGUCAGUCCUAUUGUAUCCAAGAUUGUCUCUACACCCGCUGAAAGCCUGCGCCUCCUGCAUUUCUCUGGACAGGCCAGCCUUCCAUCUGUCAGUGUCACAGAAGUUCCCACAGACCUCGCUUCUCCCUCCCCAGAUGAUAUCCAACCUACUCCCAUUAUUGUUCCCAGCUCCCCCACAGGGCAGCAUGAAGAAGUUGAAGACAUGGACACCUCAGUACCCUCAAAUAAGACAGAAGUGGAUGUACAGCCACAGAUAGAAGCUACAGGUUCCAAGAGUUGCCCCUUUGUCCCUGUUCCUCAAGUAUCCACUCCAGUUUGCCAAAGUGUUCCAACAUUUGUGUCAGGGUCAUUUGCCGUACCCUCACAGCCAGAGUUCUCCCAUGAUGUUUUCAUACCAACUCCAAGUCUUGAAGACUCUCCUUCCAGAGAGAAGCCCCACCAGUUACAAUUCCCAAAGGGUGAGGAGGAUCAGAAAGCUUUAGAUCUAAAGCUUGAACUUUCUGAAGACUUGAAACAUACUGAGGGUGAAGUAACAGAUGACUGUAAUCUACUAUUAUCCACAAGUGAACCUAGUGAACUCCUGGAGGUGGGCCAGACUCCUGAAGGAGCAGAUGGUGGGGCUACACAAAUUGAAGUGGCCGAAGAAACUAGUCACCCUUCAUUAGACCAAGAAAACCAAACUGUGUGUGACCCAGCACUAUUGGCAAAUAAAGGCGAUCUAUCUGCAAACCGUAAACUCCCGUCAUCUGAAUGUGUUGACUUAAGUGAUAAAAAUAACAGCAAAGUUGUUGAUUGUAUCACCAUUACGUGCAGUUCUGAAAGUCAGGCACUCUUGGUACCAUCAUUAGAUUCUGAUGCUUCUUUAAGCAUUUUAGACCAACACAUAUCAGACCAAAAGUCAACUGUAGUUGUUGACGGUGUGUCUGAUGAUGUAGAGGAAGUUCCUGAAACUCCAUGUGAGAAGGACAGUGAGGAUUAUAUGGUAACUGAAAGUGAGCAUGAAAAAAUGGAGGGCAACCUAAAUCUAGCACUGUCUGAGACUCAGCAUCCUUGCAAAGAGGAUGUGGAACCAUUAGACAAUGAAGAAGCAAUGGAAGUGGACCAAGAAGCACCCUCUCCAGAUAAUUUACCAAAGCCUGUUGAAGGUCAAAAAGAAAUGCUGCCGUCAGAAAAUGAUGCUGCUAUGCAUAUGGAGACUAGCCCUAGCAUAGUAUCUAAAGUUGAAAAUGUUCCUGCACAAACUGAAAUGACUGAAUGUAACAAAUCUCCAACCACACCUACUAAAGAAUUACAUAUAGAUAAAACAAGUGCUGAUCAGAAAGCUAAUGAAUCUAAUUCUCCCAAAGAUAAAUCUGAGCUAAUUUGUCAAGUAGGUGACAACCCAGAUAAUGUGAAGUCAGAAUGUGUCGUGCCUUUAGCUAUUGAUUGUAACAUUUCAGUAAACCCUCCGCAGCAGAGUUCAUAUCUUCCAUCUACAAGCACUGAUUUUCUUGCAACUAAAGCAGAGAAGUUACCAGAUCCAGACCAACAGCAUUGUGCCCUUCUGGAAGGUUCAGUAGAUAUGAAUAUCAUGGAGAAAGAAACUCAGCAGUAUCUGGUGCCUGUUGAAAAUAAGGAAUGUAUUAAACAAAACAGGAAUGACACAGUGUCAGUAUGCCCUAAUGCACUAAAACCACAGAGCACGGAAAAUGCUGAUAUAACAGUGCAAGCAGAACAGAAGCUACCAAUAGUUGAAGCAGCACCAGAUGUCAAAGAGGACCUUCAUGGAAAUAAAAACUUGUGUGGGUUUAGCAAAAAACAAGCAAAUGAAACCUGUAGUGUUAUUGUAAUAGAAGAUACUCAAGAGUUGGCAGAUAGUAAUCAACAAGAGCCUAUCCUAGCAAAAGAUGUACCUGACUCUGGACAAAAGAGAAAAAAGCUGAACUUUCUGUAGCAGAAGUGAAUGAAUCACCUGUUUGUGCUCUGCAAAAUCCAUGUGAGGCUCCACAGAACAAGACAAGUAUUUCUGAGGAUUUGAAACGGAUAGAAUCUCGGCGCACAGAGAAAGAUGUUCCAGUUUCUAGUAUUAAUGAUGUCCAGAAAGAAUUAGAUCGGAAUCCUGAAACUGUUUCUGUCCAGAAAGAACAUCAGCAGGCUGUACUGCUGAGAGUGGAUAACAAUCCCAACGCUUUUCCUUUGUCAUUUAAUAAAUGUACACCUGAUACAUCUGUUGCUUCUUGUGAGGAUGAUGCACAUGGAGUGGAUUCAGAGUUCCAGGAAAAAACAGGAGAGCAAUCCACACGUAGUAUAUGUGAAAGCUCUAGCGAAACCCCAUUCCACUUUACCUUACCAAAGGAAGGGGACCUUAUUCAGCCAGUAAGCACGGUUACCCCACCCAUGAUUGGUCAGUUGAAACGUGGACCAAGAAGGCAUAGUACACCAAUUGUGGUCGGAGGCUGUCCAGACAGCACCUUGGCAACCAGUGAUGUAACAGCUGAGAGCACGGUGGCAUCCAACAAUGUCACGGUUGAGAGUGCCAUGGUGACCACAGAUGUGUCUGAGGAAAGCGAAAGGGGAAAUUCUGGAUCUGCCUAUGAUGAUGGAAAAUUGUGUCUGAGAAUGAAACUUAUCACACCCGUAAAUGAGGAGAGUGAUGGGGCUCCGCAGUUUAACUUGGAAAAACCUGCUGCUGCUGAGAGGACUAAUGGAACAGCUGCUGUUGCUGGAGAUGUUGCCAGCACAGAGAAUUCCCCUUCUGUGUUUGUACGCGUGUGUGAAGUCCAUCGAGAAGAGGAGAGCAGAGGUCACAUUGUGCCUACAACUCCUGUUAGAGGAAGUCCUUUCCACUUUUCCAGCAAAGACAAGGAUGGAGCAUCUGUGGCUUCGCAACAUAUAAAAGAAAUGCGUGAGCAAGACCGGGAUCACCAGACCACCAAGGAAUAUUCUAUCCAGGACUUAUCAUGUGAUCAGGAGGAAGCCAUGGAAACUGAGCAUAGCGUGGAGGAAGGUGAACAACAUGUCCAGAGAGAAGUUCCAAAGAACAGUCAAAAUAUAGCUUCUGCUUCGCAGGAGUUGAAUGUAAAUGAACAAACUUCUUUGGGGCAUACAAAUAAGGAAGUCCAAACAGUCAGUACAGUAGAUCCUAAUGCAUUUGCAGUGUCCUCCUUCACCCAGACUGACACCUUGUCUAGUCCACCGGUAACAACCACUGCUGGUAUGACAAUAGGAAAAGAUGUCAAACAGACUGAACAAGAUGCGGGAAAACCUGAAAAUGCAAAACAGGGGCUUGGAGAUGACACUGAAUCUGUACACAGUCAGGGUGAGGAAGACUUUGAAUUGCCUCGGCCUCCUCCUGGGCGUAGCCUUCAUCGCCAUGUGCGUACAAUUCGCGAAGUUCGCACUGUGGUCACCCGAAUCAUCACAGAUGUCUAUUACAUGGAUGGAACAGAGGUGGAACGCAAAGUUGUAGAGGAAGCUGAGGAGCCUAUAAUUGAAUGCCAUGAAUUUGAGAAUGAGGUGUCUCCUUCAAGGACGGUGGUUUCAUCUCUGACUUCUGGAGAUCUUGCAGAUAUCAGUUCCUUUUCCUCAAAAGCAUCAAGCCUUCAGCGCACAUCUAGUGGAGCAAGCAGCGGCCUCUCUGCAGGGCAAAGCACUAGUGGUAGCAGCUCUGAUAAAGGAAAGGCGACAAUGAGAGCAAAAGCUGUCCAUAUGGAGUCUGGGGAAUUCGCCAUGCCAUCUGGACGUGGCAACCUUGGGAAAUCGAGUCCUAGGAAAGUGUCCAGCCAGCCAGGGUCUUCACGCCAAACUGGAAGACAAACAGGGGUGCAAGUGAGUGAAGAUGAUGCAGAUGCAUCGCUUGGAAACAGACCAGGGGCCAAAGCGCCCCUUACACCCCGUGGAAGAGGGAGGAGGGGACGUCCUCCUUUUCGAGGAGCUGGAUCAAGGGAAGUGGGCUCUUCAAAUGCACAAGCUGAGGAUUCCACUGCAGCUGCUGUUCCUGAUGAAGAACCGUUCACACGCAUUACUGCUUGUCAUCCAGAAGCCCGUGACAGAGCAAGCCCAGGAACCCCUACCACGCGGCGCAGCGACUCCCCCGAAAUCCCCUUUCAGACGCCGUCAAAGAAUAUUAGCAUGGACUCCUCCUCAUCAAGUAGUAGUUUUGUGGGACUCAAAGUUGUAGCCAAGUGGUCCUCCAACGGUUAUUUUUACUCUGGCACAAUUACUCGGGAUGCUGGCGCUGGUAAAUACAAGCUACUGUUUGAUGAUGGCUAUGAAUGUGACGUUCUAGGAAAAGAUAUUUUAUUAUGUGACCCUAUUCCUUUGGAUACGGAGGUGACAGCCCUCUCAGAAGAUGAAUAUUUUAGUGCAGGAGUGGUAAAAGCUCACAAGAGAGAUUCUGGAGAACUGUGGUACUGCAUUGAAAAGGAAGGACAAAGGAAAUGGUACAAAAGGAUGGCGGUUAUCCUGUCCCUGGAACAAGGAAAUAAGCUCAGAGAGCAGUUUGGCCUCGGCCCCUAUGAGCCAUCAAUGCCGUUGACCAAAGGAUCAGACAUAAGUCUUGAUAAUCUAGUAGAAGGAAAGCGGAAACGAAGAAGUAAUUUAAGUGUGAUGAGCUCACCAACCACUUCCAGUACAUCGAAUACUAGCACCCCAACCAGAAAAGGAACCGAGGUGUCCCGCAGUUCUCUAGCUCCACUGUCUGGAAAAAGGAAGUUGAUUAGUUCAGAUGAUGAGAAAUCUCCUGUGAAGCGUGGUCGCAAAUCUAUUGUGGCAAAGUCUGAAGGUCCAGCAAAAGGAGGUGACUUUAUGAGCCCCAAUGAAAGUGGAGACAAUGCAGGUGACCAGACUACGCUGGAGGAGAGCCAUGGGCCUCUACCUGAAAAUAAGUUGCUGUUCGCAGGAUACGCCUUUCUGCUUACUACAUCCACAUCCAGUGACAAAGUCAACAAUCGCCUGAAGUCGCAAGAGAUUUCCUCCUUCAGCAGUGAAGAAGAUGAAGAAUACAUUGAAAGCACACCAUAUAACCGACAGUACACAGAGGAUCAACUCCGGGCUGGAGGGGGCUGCAUUGUCGACAAUUUCAGUGAAGCAUUGUGCAAACCAGACUCAAAAUGUUUGCUGAUUGCUGACCAGCACUGCCGAACCCGGAAAUAUUUUCUGUGCCUUGCCAGUGGAAUCCCUUGUGUGUCUCAUGUCUGGGUACAUGACAGUUGUCACUCUAAUGAGCUGCAAGGUAUGAACAAUUACCUCCUCCCUGCCGGGUACAGCCUUCAAGACGACAAAAUUUUGGAAUGGCACGGCUCCAGGCAUCCUUUCCAAGGUUCCCGCUUUCUUGUGGUAUCUGACCAGCAAGAGAAUUUCCUGGAAGUAUGGACAGAAGUAUUAAUGGUUGGAGGCGCAGCGUCUGCAAAGCAGCGCAGUUCUGCAAAUACAAACAAAGAUGUUGCUUUGGGGGUUUUUGAUGUCGUCAUCACAGAUCGUUCAUGUCCAGAAUCCAUUUUAAAAUGUGCUCAAGCUCUAAACCUUCCAGUGGUUUCAUCGGAAUGGGUGAUUCAGUGUCUCGUUAAUGGAGUGCAAGUUGGUUGCAAUAAGCACCCAAAAUACAAACAUGACCAUGUUGUGAGCUAA